GUAAGACAUUUCCAAAGCCAUGUUCUUUCCCUUUUUAAACACAAAGCAGUAAUGCAAAACAGCUUACGGAUUACGAGUUCUUUGCGUUGAUGACAUUCCGGGAAAUGGGAUUCGAUCAAUAAACUGAAAUGUGUUAUUAUCGAUGUUGGAGAAGCUGCCUAUUUCCAGGAAUGAAGUCCAUAUGUGGUCUGGUUGUUGUUCUGUUUCUUGUUAUGCUUCCUUGUGCAGUUGGAUAUGAUCCAUUGGAUCCAACUGGAAAUAUAACAAUAAAAUGGGAUGUUGUCUCUUGGACAGCAGAUGGCUAUGUGGCUGCAGUGACAAUGAGCAACUUCCAAAUGUAUCGUAGCAUCGUGAGCCCUGGUUGGACCCUAGGGUGGCAAUGGGCUAAGAAAGAAGUGAUAUGGUCCAUGGUAGGGGCACAAACCACUGAGCAAGGAGACUGCUCCAAAUUCAAAGGAAAUGUGCCUCACUGUUGUAUGAAAAAACCUGUAGUGGUUGAUUUGCUCCCCGGAGUUCCUUACAACCAGCAGUUCUCCAAUUGUUGUAAAGCUGGUGUCGUGUCUGCUUGGGGACAAGAUCCUACCGGCUCCGUCUCGGCCUUUCAGGUGAGUGUUGGACUUGCAGGAACUUCGAACAAGACGGUAAAACUUCCCACGAAUUUCACUCUGCUCGGUCCGGUACCAGGCUAUACUUGCGGACCUGCUAAAGUCGUGCCUUCCACUGUCUACCUCACACCUGAUCAUCGGCGAAAAACUCAGGCAUUGAUGACAUGGAACGUGACAUGCACUUAUUCGCAAUUUCUUGCCUCAAGGAACCCGAGUUGUUGCGUUUCCUUCUCAUCUUUCUAUAACGAGACUAUCACACCUUGCCCUAAAUGCGCUUGCGGUUGCCAGAACAAAAACAACCGUGUUGUGAGUGAUUCAAAGCAGGCACAUAGGAAAGGGAUAAACACUCCAAGGAAAGACAAUGCACCAUUGCUGCAAUGCACGCAUCAUAUGUGCCCUAUAAGGGUGCACUGGCACGUGAAGCUCAACUACAAGGACUACUGGCGUGUAAAGAUCGCGAUCACGAAUUUUAAUUACCGGAUGAACUACACACAAUGGACGCUCGUCGCACAGCAUCCGAAUCUCAAUUCCGUCACUGAAGUCUUUAGUUUCGAUUACAAGCCUCUAGUGCCAUAUGAAGCCAUAAAUGACACUGGCAUGUUUUACGGUAUGAAAUUUUACAAUGACUUGCUAAUGGAAGCAGGGCCCCAAGGAAAUGUUCAGUCUGAGGUGCUCCUGGGGAAGAACAAGGACACAUUUACCUUCAAGCAGGGUUGGGCGUUUCCUCGGAAAGUCUACUUUAACGGGGAUGAAUGCUUGCUACCACCUCCGGAUACCUACCCUUUUCUACCAAAUUCUGCCUAUGUAAAUCCAAUCGCAAUGUCGACAAUGGCAACGGCAACAGUGCUUGUGUUACGUUAAUCCUGUAGAGGCAAUAUGGAGUGAAGACUAUUUUAAGAAACAACAGAUAAAGAAUAGCCAUUUGUUUACCGUAAAGCAUCAAUCGGGUCCGGUUGGAAUGAUUCAUGUAGUUGUGAGAAAGAAAGAAGCUUGAGAGCUGCAUCAAUAGAG